CUUUUAUUUAUAUAUCACCAUGAGAAAAAUGACGGUGUUAAAACACCCAAAAAAAAACAAAUUUUCACUGGAGUGCAUCUUUAAAAAAAUAAAAAAUAAAUAAAUCUCAGGAUCCCUUAAUUUCCCCAGCAUUCCUCCUCCCUCCCCUUACUCUGACAGCCUGAGGGUGGCGCCAAAUGAAUAAAUAGUGGCCAACCGCCUCCCAUUUUAGGCCACUCAUUUUAGUACAUGUAUUGCAUAUCAACAAGUAAAAUAACGGACUACCUGUUACAUCAAUUCGGGGCAAAGCGGUGCAGUUUGUGUUUCUCAAAAGGAAAACACUCCUAAAGCAACACGGUUGCAGUGAAGGUGGUUGCGCCUGUUUAUUACGCAGCUGCUGAGAGAUGACCCAGUUUGAUGAGAUAUUCUUAAACUGUAGGAAUCACACAAUUUUCCGGGGUGGCUGCCGUGGUAUGAUGUGAUGUUGAGUGUGAAGUUGCUGUGCGCUGCGGUGGAUGGGAGCCCCACCUCCUCCCACGCGCGGUUGAGUGGAGAGAGCAAGGGAGAACGGAGAGAGGGGAGCAACUAACCUCCAGUACCCACAGUAUCUCAGCACUUGCUCUCUGGAAAUACUUCAGGGCUUCUUGCUUUCUGGGCUGCUCCGUUUCGCAGAAAUGGCUCCUCUGUUGCGGUGAUUCCGCCAUCCGGCGCUUCUUGUGAGUGCGCUCUGAGCUCCAUCCAGCAUAGAAGAGACGACGGACAAAAAACGCGCUGGCGAAACUUGGAUGCUACAGCCACUGCAUAUCUUGGGAGGAAUCGGUUAUUGAGGAUUGAGAGGAGAGAGGUGGGAGGAUGGAAAACGCUCGGGCAUCCCAGUGGAGCGACACCCGUCGGUGUUCAGCUGUUUUUUAAAAGCAGCAAAAACUGCGUAAACUGGGAGAAAAGCUGUCAGAUUAACCCCUCCGAAGCGGAGCUUGGCAUCCUGAAAUUGAUGAAGAAAGUUCUCUGCACUCCUGGUGGAUUUUGUGUCGGCACUGUGACGGGAGUUUUAGAGACCUGGUUGUAGGAGCGAACUGAGCAAUCGAAGUUUCUGGAUCAGGACGAUCUUCAGAUGACCUCAUGGAACUAAAUUCCCGAGUCCUACUGUUGUUGGUCGUGCUGCUGCACUGUGGUCCUGCUAAAGGCAGUAUCCUGUACCGAGUCCAGGAGGAGCAGCCUCCAAACACCCUUAUUGGUAGUUUGGCAGCAGACCAUGGACUGCCAGAUUCAGGUCACCUCUACAAGCUAGAGGUCGGUGCCCCUUAUCUUCGUGUCGAUGGAAAAACGGGAGACAUUUUCACCACGGAGAUUCCCAUAGACAGAGAGACCCUGAGGGACUGUCGGUCCCUUGUUAAGGGCAAGCCCUGCUAUCUGGAGUUUGAAGUAUCUGUGACAGAUCUGUUACAAAACCCGAGCCCCCGACUUAUUGAAGGACGCAUUGAAGUACAAGACAUUAAUGACAACACCCCACAAUUUCCCUUGUCUGUGCUCACCAUCUCUGUCCCAGAGAACACAAUCAUGGGGGCAUUAUUCUCCAUCCCUCUGGCUACAGACAGGGACUCAGAAAGGAAUGGAGUUGCUGACUAUGCGCUGACUGCAGGGCCAGAUGCAGCCACCUUAUUUGGUUUACAAGUGGCUGAUGACAGGGGAGGGAAGCUCCCACAACUCAUCGUCCUUGGCAACCUAGAUCGGGAGCUAAAAGAUUCUUAUGACCUCACCAUCAAAGCAGUGGAUGGCGGGAACCCUCAGCGCUACAGCCAAGCUUUGCUUAGAGUAGUAGUGACGGAUGCCAAUGACAACUCUCCCAAGUUUGAACACCCCUCGUAUGAGGCAGAAGUUUCAGAAAACAGUCCAGUGGGCCACUCUGUACUGCAGGUCAAAGCAGAUGACUCCGACAUGGGCCCUAAUGGAGAAAUUGAAUACUCUCUUCACCAAGCAGUAGACCCUGUGCCAAAACUCCUACGGAUUGAUAGGACUACUGGAAUUAUCUAUGUAAAAGGACCACUCGACAGAGAAGAAAUAAACAGCCUUUCCUUUUACGUGGUAGCAAGGGAUAAGGGUCCUCAACCUAAAAGCUCCAAGACAUUCGUAACCAUUGAAGUGACGGAUCAAAACGACAAUGCCCCGGCUGUGGAGAUUCGUGGGAUUGGUCUUGUGACUCACAGUGAAGGGAUAGCCAAUAUUUCAGAAGACAUGCCAGUGGGGACAGCUGUUGCUUUGGUGCAAGUGUCUGACAAAGACGAAGGUGAGAAUGCUGUGGUCACUUGUGUUGUAGCAGGAGACGUGCCUUUUCAGCUGCGCCCUGCCAGCGACUCAACCAGUGACAACAAAAGAAAAUAUUUCUUACAAACUACCACUCCUCUUGACUAUGAAAGAGUCAAAGAAUACAGAGUGGAAAUCGUUGCUGUGGAUUCAGGAAACCCAGCACUCUCCAGUACAAAUUCCUUAAAAGUGCAGGUGACUGAUGUAAAUGAUAACUCUCCAGUGUUUUCCCCUACCAUUUUUGAGGUUGACUUUGCUGAAGAAAACCAACCAGGGGAAACAAUUUUGGAUGUUACAGCCACAGAUGCUGACAGUGGCACUAAUGCUGAACUGUUUUACAACAUUGUUGGGGACUCAUAUAUCAAAGGUUUGUUUGAAAUUGACCCAAACACAGGGGAAGUAAAAGCCCGAACCCCACUCGACCGGGAACAUAAAGAAAGAUAUGAGUUUCGUGUCACUGCAGCAGAUAAAGGUUCACCAGUUCAUAAAGGAACAGCAACUGUGGUGAUAAAAGUCCUUGACUGCAAUGACAAUGACCCCAAGUUCAUGCUUAGUGGCUACAGCUUUUCAGUUCUAGAAAACAUGCCUCCUCUCAGUCCUGUUGGCAUGGUAACAGUCCUGGAUAUGGAUAAAGGGGAGAAUGCUCACGUUCACCUCUCUGUUGAACCCGAUGGAGGGAAGUUUGUGGUUCAAAAUGGAACAGGUACCAUUCUCUCAAGCAUCUCAUUUGACCGGGAAAAAGAAAGUAGUUAUACAUUCCGUCUCAAAGCGGUGGAUGGUGGAGAACCACCCAGGUCUUCAUAUGUUGGUGUUACCAUUAAUGUUCUGGAUGAAAAUGACAACGAUCCUGUGGUCACUAAACCUUCAAAUUCCUCCUUUAGACAGUUGUCACCUGUAGCUUCUCCAGAUAGUCAUGUUGACGUAGUAGAGGCAGAGGACUUGGACAGUGGGCCGAAUGCAGAUCUGGUCUUCAGUAUUGCUGGGGGAAACCCAUACCAACUCUUUCGCAUCUCGCCCUCUAGUGGAGAGAUCACAUUGGCAAAGGAGAUGACCCGCAAGCAUGGUGGACUACAUCGUCUCGUGGUGCGAGUGAGUGACCGGGGCAAGCCUCCACGCCAUGCCACAGCCCUAGUUCACAUUUAUGUCAAUGAAACCAUCUCAAAUGUCAGCUUAGUGGAAGCCUUGGUUGGACACAGUCUGUACACUCCCUUGGACAGAGACAUUGCUGGUGACCCUGAAAGCAGUUUUGCUGCACAGCGUAGUAACAUUUUGUUUGGAAGUCUUGCUGGAGUGGCGGGUGUUGUCAUUUUGAUCUUGGCAGUUGUAUUUAUUCGCCAUCGUAUUCAAAGGGAAACAAAGAGUGGCUACCAAGCUGGCAAAAAAGAAACAAAAGACUUAUAUGCACCAAAGCAGGCACCGAAAAAUGCCAAGGGCAAACGAGGAAAAAAGGGCAAACUUCACAAGUCCCCAAAACCGCUGGGGGAAGAAGAAGAGGUCAGCCUUCAAAAAAGUCUCAAGUUUAACCUUGAUGGAGUCAGCGACAGCCCCAGGAUACACCUUCCCUUAACAUAUUCACCGGGAAGCCCUGACAUAGGGAGACACUACCGCUCCAACUCACCUUUACCAUCCAUCCAGUUGCAAGCCCAAUCACCCUCAGGCUCUCAGAAGCACCAGGCGGUCCAGGAUCUUCCUGCUACCAACACUUUUGUUGGAACCGGAGGAGACGACAACUCAACCGGCUCAGACCAGUACUCUGACUACAGCUACAAGACCAGCCAAUCCAAGUAUAACAACAAACAGCAUCCUCAUCGCCGAGUGACCUUUUCCACCACCAACCCUGUGCAGGACAUGCAAGAUGCCUCUCAGCAAAGCUACUAUGACAGCGGCUUAGAGGAAUCAGAGACUCCCAGUAGUAAAUCAUCAUCUGGUCCUCGUAUCGGACCCCUGACCCUGCCUGAGGACCACUAUGAGAGGACCACCCCAGAUGGCAGCAUAGGGGAAAACGAACACCCAGAAAACGAUAUCCGCUCCCUCCCUGACGUGGCCAUGACCGGAAACUGCACGACGGAGUGCAGUGAACUGGGCCACUCGGAUGCUUGCUGGAUGCCAGGGCAUCCCUCCCCCGUACGCAAGACCAGGAACCCCCCGAAACUCUCCACCUUCGUGCCUUACCAGGAGAGAGGGAGCCUGGGACGCCUGGCAAAUGGGAGCGCCAGGCUGGGCGGUGAGGACCCCCGGUCACGGCUCCCGCCCUCCCGCAGUGCCUAUUCCAGCAGUGGUCAUGACGCCAAUCAGGACUGCCCCUUGGAGGAGAUGCCCCUGAGUGUGGCCUCUGAAUUCCCACCCACAUCCCCACCUAACCACACCCCAAAGCGAGAAAUUUACCUGUGAGGAGCAAAUACCCACUCACUGGUCCACAAAUAACGAGAAGGUGGGAACAGGUUGUUUGUGCGCUGAAGCCAAUGGCCACUCUGUAGAGGUCGUGACUCCUUCAAUUACUGGCAUGAACACUUGCUUUUGUCAUUUCUGACUUAAAUUAUUAUCAGCAUAUCUGUGAAUGAUUGCUCAAAGUUAGUUGACGCACCUACUAAUUUAUUCAGAGCCUCCAAGGAUACAAUUUGAACAGACGAAACAACAAUGGAAAUGGCUACACUCGUAGUAAUCGAUAAUUGUUGUAGUUAGGCAAGUUCCAUUCUGUGAAGUGAUCUCUUGAAUUUGAAAGUUGUGAUCAGUGCUCUUGUGCAAUGACUAGACAUUAUUUGAUAGAAAGCUAGUCCGGCCAUAUCGUAAGGCAUAAAAAUUUUGACCAAGAACCAAGGAAACUGGUCAUUCUUAAUGUACAGAGCUGUAAAUACAUUUGAAUGGUGUGUUCUACAUAUAUUUUGUCUGGUAUAAACUGAAAAAAAUGCCUCCUAAUUUUAGCAUAUUUAAGCUUUUCUUUACUGCUGCUGUUUAAACUUGAUUGAAACCAUCUCCCGGUGUGGAGCUUGAUAUUGGGAAAAGCAUUCAUCUGCUCCGCAAUAUCACACACACUCACCUUUGACCCCUAAUCACAGUAGAAUGGCCUUUACCUCCACUCCCUGUAGAGCUCUGCCUCUGGUGGAAAGAGCUGUGUGGCAGCAUUUAAUCUGACAUUAUGUUUCACUGACUUGCAGCACUGUGACCUGUCGUUCAUCUUGAAAACGGUUGACUUGGCCGCAGAACCCCAGGGUCACAAUGACCAAAUGUGGACCACACACGUUCGGACUGCCUUUACACUGCACGGACGGGAUUCUCGUGUUAGUCGUAUAGAUCGCUAUUCGGCCCCUGUCUUUAGGCACAAUGGAGUGGGCUCUUCCUCCGAAGUUGGUAGUCUUUCUUCUGUAAGAGCUAGUUUAUAUCUUAAAAAAAAUGCUGGAGGACUAAUUACAGUUUACAAAACAUUUGGGAGACUUAUUGUAGGAAUUUAAAGGGCCUAUACCAGAAGGAGCAAAAGCCGGUGCCUCAGAGAUCGAGUUGUCUUACUUCCAGUUAGCAAAAUGAACUUCAAAAAUAAUUUAUAUUUCAUUAGAAAAUGAUUCUUUAAAGUGCCACGAGUAAAAUAUUAUUAUAUAUAUGGAUGCAGUUUACUCUAAAUGGCUUAAGCCUGAACUUACACUGGUCCGUCUGUGGUGCACCUCCGUUGCAGGAGGAGUCCAUCUCAAGACUGUCAGGUCAUUUUUUGUUGCGUCUCCGGUCGGUUCGCCCCCGGCUCCCGGCAGAGAAAUUUGUCCUGCUAACCCCGUGUCACCAACAUCCAAAACAGUAGCAUUUAGGCCCCAUGCCCUCUCUUUCCUCAAUGAGUUCUUGUAAAACGAGUGUUUUAUCUCAUUAACGAUGUUGUAUUUUUGUACUUCCAAAAUUAAACUUUAGGUGUUUAUGGCAAAAAUGGACACCAUUGUUAUGCAUGGUGUUAGUGUGUGUAAUUACAUGGGCAUGCCACCGUUAAUGACAUAAAAGUUUUAUUACGUUUUAAAUUUGAAAGGGGUGUUUUUAUUUUGGAACCUGCACCCUUUUCCCUUUUGCCCGGCAUUUUACCGCAAAAUUGAUGCGUUGGCAGACUGCAAAUAGAACUCCUGCGAAAAGCUUGCGUUGCAGUGCGGAAGGACGUACUUCAGACGCAGACAUAAUUCUAAAUGAUUAAUAAACAAUCUAUGUUUUUUUUUUUUUUUUUCAACCCAACAGAGAUGCACCGCAAACGGACCAAUGGAAAUCAGACUUUCAAAUAGCAUGAUACAGGCCCUUUAGAAUAGAUGGUAUUUCUAUGUUUCCCACCAUCAUUUUAUCUCACAAAAAGGCUAUAUUAGACUUCAAAUCAGCAGCUGAUAGCUGAAAGGUCAAAAGGUGAGUUCAACUGGAGUAAAAUGAAGUAUAAUUUCUUUGUAUCGAGGACAGCAUGCCUAAUAAGUCGUAAAAUAUUUUGCCUUCUCUGGCUAUUAAACAGAAUAAAAAUAGGGUAUGCCUGAGAGAUUCAUUUAUCUUUACAAAGAUUUUCCAAGUGAAUCUGAAGGAUAUGUCUGAAGGACACCACAUAUUAGACAGUAAUUGGACGUUAAUGAUGACUCCACUAGCCUUCGCUACUACAUCGUAGCGCCAGUUGGUGUCUUUGAUUCAAACAUCGAUUUGAUUAGAUUUGUAGAUACCUUUCACCUCUGCAGAGUAUUUCCAUAGUGAGAUUGUGCCUCUGAGAGAGGAUGGAGCAGCACAGAAUGGACAUUUCCUAAUUAAGGUGAGUAAUGAGUCCUGAGCUAGGGCAUGUGUGAGCACACCCCCCAGGACAAGGCACCCACCAGAUAAUGCAAAUCCACCCACCGAGCUACAAUCAGUUAAAAGGGGUAUUUUAAUCUGCACUUACCUCAUCAUGCUGCCACUGCAAAUGGCGCUUAGAAUAAUUAAACAGAAAACAAACACACACAAAAAGAAAACAUAUGGAAACUACUGAAUGUGGCUGCGAUUAAAUAAACUUGCAGAAUAUCCUGCCUUUAGGGGGGAGGAAGCACAUUAAGCCAGUUUGAAAGCCAUUUAGCGACGGGAAUAAAAUUUAAACAACAAGCCAUGAUACACUGUGAUAACCCCCACCCACCCCCCACCCCUGUCUCAGAGCUGUUGGUUCACCAAUCCAAAGCAGCGGGUGAGAUCACUGACCCGGAAUUAAUGACAAGUGAGAAAGAUUGCAAAGAGUGAUAAAGCCUAUGUUGCACCCUCUCAAAUCACAGUUUUCAUCUAUUUGAGGGAUUUCACUUGAUUUAGAUUCACAGCUGCUUUGGUGCCAGAUUUAUCUCCAUCUUAACCCAAUUCCAGUCUGCAUAUCACUUAAGCAAAUCUUAGAAGCAUCCUCUAACUUGUCGUCUGGAUAGCUAAUAGACGAUAGGGAGGUAGCUCCCAGGCAAAGCUCAGGCUUGCUGGUUGUUGAUCUAAACUGCGGGACAGGAUUUUGAUUCUAAUCAUCUGCAAAACAAAAACAAGCCUGGGCCUAUACCACCUCUGUCCCUCUGGAUGAGUGGAAAUCUUUUUUUUUUUUUUUUUUUUCAUAUUUUUCUCCAAUGACCUGCUGCUCACUUCUGGAAGAAUUUAUCACCAGGUUUGCCCUUUCUUUUGAACUCAUGCUGAAUUAACUGUGUUUGCCUCUCUCUCAAACACAGUUCUGUUCUCUUCUUUGUCAAAGGACCUGAGAAAGCGCUCGAACACACUCCAAAGUGUGACAAAUGAUGUUUAAUUUGUGCUUAACAUUGAUUUCAUGUUGAGUAUCUUUUGCCUCUUUGUAGUAUGUAUUGUACGGUGAUCAUUCCUGUGGACAGAUGGACAAAUAACUGUAAUGAAACUGGCAAAGGAUUUCUUUUUCUGUUUUUUUUUUCUUUUUUCUUUCUCCUCACUGAUCUAAGACUCUUUGCAAUCUGGUUGUGUGAAAAAAAAAUUAAAAAAAAAUUGUUGGUGGUGUUGUGUACAUAGAUCUUCGCAAACCCUGUGUCCGUAGUAAAGGAGGCGGUGAUUUUAGCAUGGAUUCCAAAGAUGAUUGGUAGAAGCUGUUUACUCGUUUGCUUUUUGAUUCUAGUUUUCUGAAAUGUCAGUGCUGGUUCAUAAUCAGAAGGCCCUUCUCCCAAACGCACUGAAAUGAUCCGAACAUUUCAUACUUUUUGACAGGUCAUCAAAGACGAUUGCCUUGAAAAUAUGUCUUUGCAAGAGAGAAUCUAGUUGUUAUCUUAACUGUUGGUAUAUUUAUAUAGAAUACAAUGCUUGUGAUGCCAUGUUUUUGUACAGUUUUAUGUACAUACAAGUGAAGCUUUCUAAAAGUUCUGAGAAAAGCCGGUGGCAUAUAAAAAUUGUAACAUGUUUUUCUUGAGAUGUGCACAUCUUGCCUUGGUUAGAUUGACCUUUGCUGAGUCAGUGUGAAUGUGGCUGUUCUAUGCCUGCACUGUAGUCAUUCACCGGCUCCCACCUGCUGAGGACUUAAUCAGUUUUUAUGUUUAUUGUGAACAGUGGAUCGUCUUCUCUUACCAGUUUGUUAAACUCCUGUGUUCUGCUUUGUUCUGUUUCCGCAUGUUGACAAAUUCUCUUGUAAUACUGUAAGUCCUCAUGAACUUUGUAAUAAAAUCACUUCAGGGGAAAAAAAUA